CCACAUCAGGGCGGGCCAUGAGCUCAGGACGCCAGCCCCUGACGCCCUUCAGCAUCGCAGACAUUCUAGGCCCACGUCUGGUCCCCAGGGCACCCUCUGCGCCGCAGCUUCCGGAGCCCCGCUCCGAUCCCCAUCCCAAGUCACCGCUGUGGGCUUUGGAAGAGCUGACUAGUAAAACUUUCCUCCGACUUGACGGGCAGCGCGCUCCGCAGCUUUCUGAAGGCAGGGCAGUCCAGGAAGCCCUGAGGGCGGGCCCAGCCCGCAGGAGAAAGCGUAAGUCCCGCACUGCAUUCACCGCGCAGCAGGUGUUGGAGCUGGAGCGGCAAUUUGUCUUCCAGAGGUACCUAGCACCUUCAGAACGGGAUGGACUGGCCGCAAGACUUGGCUUGGCCAAUGCUCAGGUCGUCACUUGGUUCCAGAACCGCCGUGCCAAGCUCAAGCGGGAUGUGGAGGAAAUGCGCGCUGAUGUGGCCUCGCUAUGUUCAUUGUCCCCGGGAGUCCUGUGCCACUUAGCAUUGCCCAAAGGCGCUCCCAACCCUAGCCCUGUCACCACUGGGCCUGGUUCUGGACCUCAUCUAUCAGAGGAAGAGAUACAGGUGGACGAUUGAAGGUGAUGAAAGCCCCUGACAGCCCUCUGGGGUCCUAGAUGCUCCCUGCACCUUGUGUGGGUUCUGAAGUGGAGGGAAGAUCUUCCCAGGCCUGUUCUGGCACAAGUCCGGAUUGGUGAGAAUAAAGUCGAUGCUUCAC